AUGCAUCUAUCUAUCUAUCUAUCUAUCUAUCUAUCUAUCUAUCUAUCUAUCUAUCUAUCUAUCUAUCUCAAAUACAUUUGGCCCAAGGCUGUACCAUUGUACAGUUCCUAUCUAUCUAUCUAUCUAUCUAUCUAUCUAUCUAUCUAUCUAUCUAUCUAUCUCAUCUUUAUCUAUCUAUCUCAUUCUUUUCCUAUCUAUCUAUCUAUCUAUCUAUCUAUCUAUCUAUCUAUCUCAUUCUUUUCCUAUCUAUCUAUCUAUCUAUCUAUCUAUCUAUCUAUCUAUCUAUGUCAGUAUGUUUUUACUUUCUUUGUUUCUUUCUCAUUCUAUUACUAUCUAACAGCUUUUUUCAGCCCUUUCUUUUUAAAUCUUUUUCUUUUUCUGUUUCUUCUCUCUCCCUCUUCCUCUUACGCAUUCUCUCUCUGCUUUUUUGCCUGUGUUUUUCUUUAUCCUUUCCCAUCUAUCUUUCUUUCUUUUUUCUGUUUCUUCUUUUUCAUUCUUUCUCUUUUUUGUCUCUCUUUCUUUUUUCUUUCUUUUCUGUCUCUUCUUUUCUCUCAUUCUUUUUCUUACUUUUGUCUGUUUCUUCUCCUUCUCCUUCUUUCUUUCUUUCUUUCUUUCUUUCUUUCUUGUUUUUAUCUCUCUUUCUUUUUUUUUCUGUUUCUUCUUCUCUUCGCUCUCUUUAAUUCCACGUUGUUCUUUUUUCUAACCCUUAACUUCUUUUUUUUUCAUCAAUUGCUUCUUUUUUAUUUUUCUGUUUCUUCUUCUCUCACUCAUCCUGUUUCUAUUUUCUCACUGUUCUUUCAUUAUACUUUUGCUUCUAUCAGUGACACUGUUCUUUCUUAUUUAAAUUAUUUCUUUUUCUUUUUUCAUAGAAAGAAAGAAAGAAAGAAAGAAAGAAAGAAAGAAAGAAAGAAAGGCAAACGGAAAGACGAUACAUGCUUUUAG